AUGGCUUGGAAGAUGACUCAAGAUGUGCUGAGCGAGUUUGAUAACCUUAACAUCAAUGAAAUAUUGCUCAAUGGCGACCAUCUACGCCACUUGGCUGAAAAGUGGGAUCAGUUAAGUCAUGACACGGAGGAGAUUGCAACCGCGGGAGGUCUGGACGGGAAACUCCGAGAUGUUGCUAGGCAGAAGCUCACUGAAGCCAGGAACUUUGCAAGUUGA